GAUCAAAAAUUGAAAAAUGAAUAGAAUUUUAAUCAAUAAAGUAGUAAAAAGAAGGAUGUGAACCUAAUUUUUCCUUAAAUAAAUUACAAGAAAAUCGACUAAAAGUAUACAUGGUGUGCAGAAGGUGAAAAUGAAUUUGGAAAAAAAAAGAUCAUUUUCCCAAUUUAUGGUUAUGCUCCUUUCCCACGAAAGGUACUACCAUUCAUCCCAAAGCAUAUCAAACAAAGAAAGAUCCUUUAGAGAGAGACAAAAGCUCUCCGAUGGAAACAAGACCAGAAAGGGGAAAAGGCAUACUUACAAUUUGAGAUAGAUAGUUUAAAACUCGAAAAAAAGUGAGAGUAAAGUAAGAAUCUAUACCAUGCCCGCCCCCCACCCCCCAGAAAACAUUUGUCACCUUUGUAGUAAAAUUAAGGUUAAGAAUCUUGGUAUUCUUGUUCACAAGAAUCACAGAAUUGUUUGGACGUCAUCUCUGGACCUAGAGAAGGCUAAGAAUCUACCCUCUUAUGGCAUGCCUGAAGCAAAAGUAUUGCAUCAUCCAAAGGAUCGCUUAUGGGCGGGGCGGUUUCUUGACUGAGGUUGCCGUCGUUGUUGGGUUACAAGAUAUUAUUAUUAGGUCAUCUCCAACAUUCAUUUUCCACAAAAGGAAUGCUUUCAUUGUUAAUAGAUCAUUCACAAAUCAAAUGGAGCUCUCUUUCUUCUGCUUGCUUCUUCUCUUCUCCACCACUACGUUUCUCAAUGUGGAUGCAUCUUUUACCGGAACAUACGGAGUAAACUAUGGCAGGCUCGCUGACAAUAUACCGUCGCCUCACAGCGUGGUGACGCUUCUCAAAGCGGCAAAGAUAAAAAACGUCAGGAUAUAUGACGCUGAUCAUGAAGUCCUCACCGCCUUCAAGGGAUCGGGAAUUGAAAUAAUUGUAGGGCUUGGAAGUCAGUUCCUGAAAGAUAUCAGCGUGAACGAGGAUCGCGCCACGGAUUGGAUAAAAGAAAAUGUACAGCCAUACAUUCCGGGAACGCACAUUACUGGAAUAGCAGUGGGGAAUGAGAUAUUGGGGGGAACUGAUAUAGAACUCUCCGAGGUCUUAUUGCCUGCCGUGAAGAACGUUUACAAUGCGCUUAGCAGGCUUAAUAUGGCGACCUCCAUUCAGGUGUCGAGUCCACAUUCGGAGGCUGUGUUCGCGAAUUCUUACCCGCCAUCUGCCUGCAUUUUCAAGGAAGAUGUUGCUCAAUUCAUGAACCCGCUUUUGGAAUUUUUCUCACAGAUUAAUUCCCCUUUUUACAUAAAUGCAUAUCCAUUUCUGGCAUAUAAGAGCGACCCCGAGCACAUUGACCUCAACUAUGCUCUCUUCAAGAAAAAUGCUGGGAUUCAUGAUACAAAAACCAACCUGCAUUACGACAACAUGUUUGACGCAAUGGUUGAUGCGGCGUAUUUUGCUCUGGAGAAGGCUGGAUUUGACAAGACAGAGGUCAUAGUUUCCGAAACUGGUUGGGCGUCUCGCGGGGACGAAAGUGAAGCAGGAGCCAAUGUCCAAAAUGCCAGGACGUACAACUACAACUUGCGCAAACGGCUGUUGAAGAAGAGGGGGACGCCACAUAGGCCAAAGAUGGUUGUGAGAGCUUACAUUUUUGCUUUGUUCAAUGAGAAUUUGAAGCCGGGGCCGACGUCUGAGAGGAACUUCGGAUUGUUCAAAGCUGAUGGGAGCAUUUCAUAUAACAUUGGCUUCACUGGACUUGUUGGACCUUCUGCAGCAUCAUCAUCUCUUCUUAACUACAAGGUUUUCACAAGUUGUGCAGCUCUUCUGCUUCUAUUGUUAACUUCAUAAUUAGUCUUUUAGGGUUCUUCGAUUAACACAUAUUGUUGUAACAUGAUGUCCAUGUAUAGCCAAUUCCAUUAUUUUUACGUUAUGAUUCCAUUAUCAAGUUAGAUAACAGCCAAUAUUGCUCACUGUUUUCUAAUAAUAUUCCAGCUGUUUACAAUA